AUGAAGUUUAAAAUUUUUGAAAACGAUCCUGGGAAAGAAUUGACAAUAAAGGAGAUAGUUAAAAAUGACUUGGCAAUUCCACCUUUGGGAUACAUUAGAAAAAUAAUUGAUCAAAUAAAUGACUACAUUGGAAAAGAUGAAAAAAAAGAACAAAAAAGAAAUCAAAUGUUUAUUAAAAUACCUUCUUUUGGAAUAGCCAAAUUCUGUGAUUUAAACAAAAUAAUAAACUUGCAUACAGCAAUGUUGUUUCAAACUAAUUUCAUAAAUUUAAUCAAUUGGGUUGAUAGUAAAUUGAAGAGGUCAAACAAAUUGAAAGAAAAAUUAUUAAAUACUAAUAGAUUAUAUAAUAAUUUAAGAAAGAAUUUAAAUGUAACUAUUUUAGAUUUAUGUACCUUGGCAAAUCAGAAUUAUGUAAAUGAUAUGGUUAUUGAAUCAGUACUUAGGAUAUAUAAAGCAUUCAAAGAUGAUGACAACAAAAAUAAUAAUUUUAUUUUGGCUCCAAUAUAUUUAUACACUUCUCCAAUUGAUUUAAUAACCAAUAUUAACAGAUUAUUUGAAUUUUAUGGAAUCUCUUUUGAAGAUGAAGUUUAUUAUAUUGGUGAAAUUCCUUAUCAAUGUGGAACUUUAGAUUGUGGAAUAACGAUCUUAAAUUAUAUUGAAGAAGAAAUUGGAAUAAAAGGAUUUGAUUUCCCAUCAAAUAUUGGAGCUUUAAUUAAAAGUAAAUUUCCAUCAUUGCAAUCAUAUUCAACAGAGAUUAAUGAUGAAUGCAAAACAAUAGAAAUUGAUGAGUGUGAAAAAAUAGAAAUUGAUGAAUGUGAAAAAAUAGAUGAAUGUGAAACCAUAAAAAUUGAUGAUUAUUCAAUGGAAGUUGAUGGUUAUGAACAUAUGUCAAUGGAUAAUGGCUGGUUUGAAACAAAUCAAAAUAUUUCUGAAAGAAUUGGUGUAAUAGAAUUAUCUUUGUCAAAAUGUUGGGAUUCAUUGAAUAAUGUAAUAGCAGAUGUUAAAAAUAUGCAUAUGAACAAGGAUUCAGCGCAAGCAUUGAAUCCUCAAGAGAAUAUGAUGUUUACCUCAGGUUGUCUGUGGAAAGUAAAUAUCAGAAAUUCAAAAACUCAAGGAAUCCAUAUAACUAAAAUUGAAAAUACACAUAAUCACCAAAUUACUCAAAAUGAAAUCGAAUAUUAUUCAUACAAGUCGGUGGAUAAAGAAAUUUGGGAUGAAAUUGAACUUUAUGUUGGCCAAAAACUUGGUUUGCCUCAAAUAAGAGAUGAUGCAGCAGAAUUAUACAAGAUGUUGACAGAUAGGAAAAAUAUAAAUCAGAAUGAUAAUGAAAGUUUAGAAAAUUUCAACUGGUUUUUCAAAUGUCUAAAAUCAGCAGUUUCCAAUUCACCAAAGGUCAUUAUGAGUGACCACAACUUAGCAAUGGAAUCAGCCAUAGAACAACAAUUUCAAACACACAUCACUUUUUAUUUUAAGAAUCUUUUAGAUUCCAUUUCAAUUAUUUCAUUUGAUAACUCGUGGGAUCAAUUAGUACAAAAAUACUUUAAUGGAAAUGUUGACAAUUAUUUAAAAGCUUCAUCAACACCAGUUACUCUUCUUCAUCCAACAUUUGGUCAGUUCGUAGAUGAUUGUAAGAAUACCACUCCUACUUCAUCUGAUGUUGAUUUUAUUGUAACGUUAAGCAAAAAAAUGUCAUAUUUUUAUAACAACAAU